AUGUCACCACCUUCCACUAAGAAACAAAAAACAACAACAACGGUUCUACCCAUCACUUCUCUUAAUUCAGACACACCUACUACUGCGACUGCGACAGCUACUGCUACUAGUCCUGCAGUAAAAAUAUCUCGUGCAAUAUCAGCAUGUAAACGAUGUCGAACUAAGAAAAUUAAAUGUGAUCAGAAAUUUCCUCAAUGUGGAAAGUGUGCCCAACAUAAUGUUGAGUGUAUUGGGUUGGACCCAGUUACUGGAAGAGAGAUACCGAGGAGCUAUAUUGUCCAUUUGGAGGAGCGAGUCAAGUUGUUGGAGAAGAAGUUGGACGAUUUUGGAGUUGAUUUGAAUGCAGAUACAAAUGGGGAUGGGGACGGGGAGUACAAAGAAGACGAAGCACCCGCUAAUGUUGAUAUACGCCAAGAAGAUAAAGAAUUGGAUACCUUCGAUGGGGGUAGAGCAAGGGAGCGUGUCGAAAAAAGAGAGAAAGGGAUAGGUGGGGGCCUGAAUAGGAGUGGUACUAAUAAGAUUACUUUUCUGAAGUUGAUGUCAACGGCAGUGAAGGUUCAGAAACGACACGAAAAGAGUAGUGAUGAACAUUAUAUGGCCACAGUAGGGCCAACACCCCCUACACAAGUAACAGCACCAGGGGAGGGCAGAAGCAUAGACGACACUAUGUCCAACGACGAAAUCAAAUUGGCAGCAGUACUACCACCCAAGAACACAGCAUUACAAUUUUGUCAAAUCUUCUUUCAUCAGUGUAAUGCCCAGUUCCCCAUCAUGCAUCGAGAAGAAUUUAUUCGUGACUAUUUCAUACCCAUAUAUGGACCUGUGGAACCGAAAGCGUUUCAAUUUGCUAGUAAUGACGGAUCAAUCAAUGAUUCCUUUUGGAAAAGCAGCAAUGACAAUGGCAUAGACAACACCUACUGGUUUGACGAAUACAAACUGCAGUUUCAGCACUUGCUUGCAAAAGAAAGCGAAAAGAAUAAUACCAAUAACAUUGAUAUUAGAGCAAUAUCCAAUCGAAUUACCCCACCAAGACAGUUUCACAUUCCACUCUUUUUCCUCAAUAUGAUAUUUGCCAUUGCCUCAUCAGUGCAUCACCUAAAAUACCCUUCACAAAUUUCUGAAUCGUUUCGAUUAGCAGCCAUGAAAUAUUAUAAUGAUGUUAAGCGCAACGCCGAUCAAUUGAUGGCAUUGCAAGGGAUAUUACUCUACACCUAUUAUUCCAUUAUGCGACCGACAAACCCUGGAGUCUGGUAUAUAAUGGGCGAAGCUUUACGAGUAUGUGUUGAUUUAGAUUUACAAAAUGAAUUAAAAACAAAAUCAAGACAAAACUUGAACAUCGAUGGAUAUACUCGAGAUAAAAGAAGACGAAUCUUUUGGUGCACUUAUUCUAUUGAUCGCCAAAUUUGUUUUUAUCUCGAUCGACCAUUUGGUAUACCUGAUGAAAGUAUAAAUACUCCGUUGCCUAGUAUUUGGGACGAUCUGAAGAUGGUUCCACGUGAUUCAAUUAUGGAUUACACUAAACUAAGUAACGAUGAAAGUAGUAUUGGUGAUGUGAUCAGUUACAAGACGGUAUCGUUGGCAAUGAUAACCAUACGAAAAUUGCAGAGUGAAGUCACCAAGAUACUUUAUACUGGUAGUGAAAUACCGCGACAAUACACUGACUUGUCACAUUGGAAGAUGGAUAUUUUGUCGCGAUUGACUCACUGGUACCAAAAUCUACCUACUCCACAACAAAUGAAUUGUGAUUUUAAUCCAAUCUUUUUUCAUUUAAAUUAUCAUCAUACAUUAUUAUAUAUUCAUGGAUUAGGACCACGCAACUACAGCUUGACUGUGGAUGAUAUACGACAAGUUUCCAUUUCGGCAAAAGAAGUAAUCAAUUGUUACACCCAGUUGUUUCUUACUAAAUCUGUGAAUUACACUUGGGCAGCAGUUCAUAAUUUAUUUAUGGCAGGCACAUCAUAUUUGUAUUCAUUGUACAAUUCCGACGAAAUCAGGGCCAUGAAUCCAAUAAAUACCGUCAUGUUGAGCUGUUCCAAUUGUUUGAAAAUCUUGUCGAGUUUAAUUGAUAAGUGUGAUGCUGCUCAGUAUUGUUGUGAAAUUUUCCAUAAUUUGACUUUAGUAAUUGCGAAGUUGAAAUACCCUAAUGAGCUGGUUAAUCACUUCUUACCAGGGAACAACCACAAAAAACAAGGUGAAAAUGGAAACCUGAAUGAGGAUAACGGUGUAGCUGCUGCUGCCAUUACUACCACACCUGGCUCUGUCGAUUCUGGUGGGAUAGACAAGGGUGAGACUAAAGUGAGUCGUGAAUCAUUGUAUCGGAUAAACAACGGUAAUGUCCACUCCAAUUUAUUUCAUUUGGUCAAUGAAUUAGAUCAUUUGAAUCCGUUAACCAAAGUAUCACCCAGUUCUGUCGGUGCUCGGGAUAGUGCCCCGAAUCCUUUAUAUGGUGGACGACGUCAACAACCAUACACUGAGCAACAACAAAAGCUGCACCCUCGGCAGCAGCAGCAACAACAGCAAGAGCUGCAAUCACUAUACGGUCCGAGCUUGCAGUAUGAGUACGAACAGGAUGGCAAUGCACAACCCAUAGGUGCAACCACUACCCUGAACGUGGAUGCAUCUCCUUAUUUCACACCUAGAUUCGAUUAUCCUGAAUGGAACGACGAAGAAUUGGACUUUUUUUUCCAAGAAUUAAAUCAAAAUCAUAAUGUGGUUGGUGGUAUUGGCGGUGAGGGAGGAAGCGGUAGAGGCCCUGGGACUGCAACAAGCACUUUUCUGGAGAAAUCAACACCUCCUCCUAAUUCUCAAAAUGUACAGCACCCUACUUAUUCAGGGACUGGGGCAGCCCCAGUCCCAAAUACCGCUAAUUCGCGUGAAGGAAAACGAACUUUUGAAUUGAUGCAUAACGCACCGACAGAAAGAAUAUGGGAAGAAUUUUUUACAUCAAAGUGA